AUGACAAGAGAGGAAGUAAUUACAUUCCAAAAAUAAACAGGUAUAAAAGCAACCAGUCUAAUCUCAUAUUAUUACCCUAUAAUGAUUUAAACAAAUGAAUUCCAAAAAGAUCUUCUCUUAUACGAUAAGGAAUCAAAAGAAUUUGUGCCAAAUCUUAUCCAAUAAAUUCUCAAAGGAGUUGAAAUUGAAACCGAGGCAGCAGAUGAAAAUAAAAAGGACGAUCAGAAUAUUAUAGAUUUGUGA